GUGUUUUCUAGGUAGUGAGAAACGAGGACCGUGCUACUGCGCUUGGUGGUGGUGAUGUGCUCGCAGCUUGCUUUGUUCUCACCUGAUCAAAGCCACGCAGAAGGAUUUGUUCCAGUAACUUUCAGUUGCAUUGAGGUUUGCACAGACCUCUGACAGGAUGUUGGGAUUUCUGAAGAAACCAAUUGUGGUUACUGCAGAGAUAAAUAUGAACCUCUUGGCAUUGACUGUGAUGGGAUUAAUAAGUCGUCUUCGGGGGCUUUCCUAUCCACGGGCUGUGGUUUUUGAUGAAGUGUAUUAUGGCCAGUUCGUUUCGCUCUACAUGAAGAGAAUCUUCUUUGUGGAUGACAGUGGCCCACCUUUUGGCCAUAUGCUGCUAGCUUUGGGAGGUUACUUAGGGGGAUUUGAUGGAAACUUCUUAUGGAACAGAAUUGGAGCUGAAUAUAGUAUGAAUGUUCCUGUUUGGUCCUUGCGACUUCUGCCAGCGCUGGCUGGUGCUCUCUGUGUGCCUUUAGCAUACCAGAUUUUGGUAGAGCUGCACUUCUCCCACUGUGCUGCACUUGGAGCUGCUCUUCUGAUUCUCUUAGAGAACUCUUUGAUCACUCAGUCGAGGUUCAUGCUCCUGGAAUCAAUACUGAUAUUUUUUAUCCUGCUUGCAGUUUUGUCCUACCUGAAGUUUUACAAUUUGCAGAGCCACAGUUCCUUCUCUGGAAGCUGGUGGUUUUGGCUUCUGUUGACUGGAGUAGCUUGUUCUUGUGCAGUUGGAGUGAAAUAUAUGGGUCUGUUCACCUAUAUGCUGCUUUUGGCCAUCGCAGGACUCCACUUCUGGCACAUGAUAGGAGACCAGAACUUGUCAAAUGUUUCCUUGCUGUGCCAUUUUCUGGCUCGGGGGCUGGCCCUCAUCAUCAUCCCAGUGGCAAUGUACCUGUCCUUCUUCUACGUUCACUUGGCUUUGCUGUAUCGCUCUGGGCCUCAUGACCAAAUUAUGACAAGUGCUUUCCAAGCCAGCUUAGAGGGUGGGCUAGCUCGAAUCACUCAGGGUCAACCCUUAGAGGUGGCUUAUGGCUCUCAGAUUACUCUGCGGAAUGUACUGGGCAAACCCAUGCAGUGUUGGCUCCAUUCUCACAAGAAUACUUAUCCCAUCAGGUAUGAGAAUGGCCGAGGUAGUUCCCAUCAACAGCAAGUGACCUGUUAUCCCUUCAAGGAUGUGAACAACUGGUGGAUUGUCAAAGAUCCUGGAAUGCAGCAGCUGGUGGUGAGUAACCCACCCCGUCCUGUCAGACAUGGACACAUUGUGCAGCUGGUCCAUGGCAUCACGACUCGAUACCUCAACACGCACGAUGUUGCUGCCCCUCUUAGCCCCCACUCCCAAGAAGUCUCCUGUUACAUUGAUUAUAACAUCUCCAUGCCAGCACAGAACCUCUGGAGAGUAGAAAUUGUAAAUCGGGAAUCUGACACGGAUGUGUGGAAGACAAUUCUGUCAGAAGUGAGGUUUGUUCAUGUGAACACCUCUGCAGUGCUAAAGCUCAGUGGAGCAUCGUUACCUGAGUGGGGAUACCGGCAGCUGGAGGUGGUUGGAGAGAAGCUGUCGAAAGGCUACCAUCAGAGCAUGGUUUGGAAUGUGGAAGAGCACAGAUACGGGAAAAGCCAAGAGCAGAAAGAGAGGGAAGUGGAGCUCCACUCUCCUACACAGAUGGACAUCAGUAAAAACCUCAGCUUCAUGGCCAAAUUCGCAGAAUUGCAGUGGAAGAUACUGACAUUGAAAAAUGAAGACACGGAACAUAAAUACAGCUCCUCUGCUCUGGACUGGAUCACAAUGGAUACAAAUAUUGCCUACUGGCUCCACCCAACCUCUGGGGCUCAGAUCCACCUCAUUGGGAAUGUUCUCACCUGGGCUUCAGCUAAUGUUGCUGCUCUGAUCUACAUGUGUUUGUCACUGUGGUACUUGGUACGACGAAGGAGAAGAAUUUACGACGUUCCUGAAGAUGCAUGGCAGCUCUGGCUAUCAGCUGGGGGGAUCUGUGUUGGAGGCUGGGCUGUGAAUUACCUGCCCUUCUUCGUGAUGGAGAAAACGCUUUUCCUGUACCACUACCUACCUGCCCUCACAUUCCAGAUUCUCUUGAUUCCCAUUGUAUUGCAGCACCUCAGCAAUCAUCUCUGCAGAUCGCUGCUUUCCAAAAGCAUGUUCAGUGCAUUGAUUGUAGCCUGGUUCUCUUCAGUUUACCUUGUCUACUGCACGUUCAGCCCUGUGACUUACGGGGAACCCGCUCUAUCAGUUGCUGAGCUCAAGGAUUUGCGCUGGAAGGACAGCUGGAACAUCCUCAUCCGGAAACGAUAAUUCAGCUCCUACUGUGACUUCUAUCAGCAGAGGAAUGCACAGGGUAGCAGCAUGUAAGAUGAGGCCUGGCUUCCUUCACACAGAACCAGUUACUGGAGAACCUGUAGCAGCUCACUCUACCGGUUUUCAACAAUGGGUAUAGUACUCAGGCCAGUUGUGCUGUUGGUGGUUUUUUUUUUUUCUUUUUGGUGGCUGCAGCAGAUAUUGCAUUAUCUUGCAAUAGCGAUUAAAGCUUACCCAGAACAGCAGUCUAGACUGACCAGGGUGUUUUUAACUGUAGAGCUCCCUACUGCUGUAACAAAUGCUGUUCAAGGCUGCCUUGAUCUUCUCCCCUACUAAGAAGGUAUGAUCAAACACUAGAUUCAUUCAAAGGAGAGUUUAGUGACUAUUUUGCUACUCCUUAAAGGUGCUCUGAUGGCUAAUGCUUCAGUGAAGUAGCUCAUGCUCUAAGUUAGUCUGUCACCCUGAUCUAAAAAGAGCUCAGCAGCAGUCACGAAAUGACCUGCUUUCCCCUCUCUCCUCAGCACACAUACCACUGAGCCAUGGUGUUCUCUAGUAGAUAGCUAACCAACCUCUACUGCUUUCUACUGUGUUGUAGAUGCUAUAGGGAUGACAGUGCAGACUGCAUUUUUAUUCUUUUCUCUAAAGCUUCAGCCAUUACGGAAAUGAAGCUAACAAUGUUGAGCUGACCUUAGAGGGAGAAAGAAGUUGAGUAUAAGAAUACGAUGAGUAUAAGAGGACUGCCAAAAGUGUUCCUUUUGGUAUGUUUGAGUUGCUGUAGCAGAAGUAGCACAAACACCUUUUAUAUAUUACAAAAAAAGGGCAAUUUCUGCUCACUGUUUGUUCAUUUGUUUAUUAGCCAAAGCAACACAUCCACAGGCAACACAGCCAGACCUUCGUUUUAGAAAACUAGCAAAUACGAAAAAGUUCCUCUUAAUAACAUUUCCCUCCCCAUUACAACUACUCUAAAUGCAGACUCAGUGACAGAAAGCUACAACAUAGAUACUUUGAGAGGCCCAACUGAUGCUUCAUUUCAGAAGUUUUCCAGAAACUAUGUUGCUGUGGUUUCAUUUAUCUGGGGUACAUUACAGAAAUAGGGAUAUCACUGUAUAUACUUCCAGCCUCCUAUGUUCUUUUUAGAAAAACCAGAAUGUUCAUGAGUUUAAAACUGCUCAAGUGAAAGGUAAGCACUUUGACUCUACUCAGGGUAGAAACGUGUGCAGAUAGAUAGCUGUUUGUACUAUCAGAAGGAGGGUUUUGCAACAUCUUUCCCCUUUGCAGAUUUCACCACCCAGUUCUGCAAGUGGAUCGAUUCUGCCCAGCAGAACCUGGAACCAUCAGUACAGAAGUGUCCUCAAAGCCACUAAACCUGACAAGGUCAGGUUUAUUUUUCCAAGUGAGCAACUCAAUCCAGCUGGCGCUCACUAUUCAAUAACUAUGGUAAAGGAGACUUUUAUUUGGGUACAAAAAGGAAAGCCUCACCUACAUACAGUGUAGCAAGGUUCAGGAGCCUCAGAAGGUAGAGAUUAUGAACCAGAAUCACACUGCUUCUCAGGCCUGUCCUCUUGAUGAACUGUAGGUUCCCUUUUGUCCCGGAGAGCCUUUGUUUCUCCUCUAGCUUGGGGAAGAGAUUCUGCUACAGUUGUGUUCAUAAGGUCAGGCCUCCUGCUCCACAGCUGCUACAUGUGAUAAAGGAGGCUGGUCAGCAGGAAAGCAGUGCCAGAACUAGGUCUCAAGGUCCCAAAGAGCAGGUGGAGAAGAAUAAAGACUGCACCUGCUUGUUUAAAUUAACAUGGUCUGACAAGAGAGACUGUUUUCCUUUUAGGGAAAAAAAAAA